AUGGCAUUAGUUGCUCCUCGUUCCGUCCGGUUUACCAAGUCUCCCACUGUUGCUGUGGUUGCGCACCAAGGCUCCCGCAAGUCAGGCCCGCAUUACAUCCAUACGGCACUCCUCGAGGAUGGAUCGAAAUAUUUUGAAACGAUGUUGAAGACACGGCUCACCCAAAUCAUCCCACUUGAUCUCGACCGCGAUGUCGAUGUGACUGAUUUUGAUAUCUUUGUGACGUGGCUCUACAAAGGAUGUAUAGACGAGCACACACUCGGAGAUAGAUUCGUCAACAUCUGGACUCUAGCCUCUCAGCUCCAAUCAGACACCUUCAAGUCAUACAUCAUGAAGGAGGGUAGGGUCCAUUUGCAGGAGUCUGACUAUCUGUCCAUCGCCAAAUUUCUCGAUGGCGAUGUCAUCUCGAAAUGCGCUCUCCGCGACUACAUACUAUCAGGUCUUGCUACCAAGAUUGCCAGCAAUGGUUGGGUAAGUUUCAUUGAAAGAACUAGGGGUGGCUGGGAGGAUUUCAUGAGCCACAAGGACAACGGGGCCGGAACGAAGGGGAAACUCAUUUCCUUCCUCAUGGCGCAUCUGGAUCAGAUGCGUCAGAAUGGCACCCAAAGCUCGCCAGCAAUACAGCUUGAAGGGCACGGAAGGGCGGUCUUCCACCAUCCGUCGCCCCAGUCUCAGCAUCGCAGUCAAACGCUUCCGGUGUACGUGGCUCCCAUGGAGUCGACUCCGCAUAUACCAAUACCCAACCCCGUGUCGAAGAGAAAAUGGGAAGCCGAAACUGUACAACAGCAUUAA